UAAACCGUUUCGGUUUAGUAUUAUUUAAAAUACUAAACCGAAGCGGACUAUAGAACCAAAUGUCAGCGAGCAGAACUAUUGAAACAUUUCGCCAAUUCUUUUUUUGAGCCGAGGUUCUUGCCGUAGCUUCGGCACGGUGAACACAUGGGUCAGUCUUGGUUCGCUCUGCAUUCGCGUCCAUUCGAAUUUUGGUAAAACAUGGCGGGUCUCGAGUUGCUUUCUGACCAAGGAUACCGCUUAGAUGGGCGAAAAGCCACCGAGGUGCGGAAAGUUCAAGCCCGUAUGGGUGUGUUUGCUCAGGCGGACGGUUCGGCGUAUUUAGAGCAAGGAAACACGAAGGCUCUGGCUGUGGUUUACGGUCCCCACGAAAUGCGAGGUUCACGCAGUCGAACUCUCCACGACCGGGCCGUCAUCAACUGUCAGUACAGCAUGGCCACAUUCAGUACAGCCGAGAGGAAGAGAAGACCUCACGGAGACCGCAAGUCCACUGAGAUGAGCCUUCACCUUAAGCAGACUUUUGAAGCUGCUGUGAUGACACAGCUCUACCCACGUUCACAAAUCGACAUCUAUGUUAAGAUUCUGCAGUCAGAUGGAGGAAACUACAGCGUGUGUGUAAAUGCCGCAACAUUGGCAGUAAUUGAUGCUGGCAUCCCGAUGCGGGACUAUGUGUGUGCAUGCACUGUUGGUUUUGUGGAUGAAACUCCCCUGGCUGAUCUUUGCUAUGCAGAGGAAAGUGGAGGAGUGAGCUCUUUGGCCUUAGCACUGCUUCCCCGGGGUGGACAAAUCGCUCUUCUGCAGAUGGAUGCAAGAUUGCAUCAGGACCACCUCGAGGCUCUGAUUGAAGCUGCCAUGAUAGCCUGUAAAGGUGUGAGCAAGGUGCUGGACGAGGUGGUACGACAGCAUCUUCAAGAGGUGUCAAUGCUCACAGCAGAGUAAAAGCAACAGAGGGAAGCAGUCGGGACUGUUAAAUGGACUGGGUUUUUUAUGGUUAUUCAUAAGGUUUGUAAUACAUUCUAAAAUUCUGUAUAUAUGUUAAGAUUCCAACAAUAAAUAUGUUAACUCU